AUGUAUUCAAAGAUUCUAAAUUAUCCUGUGGCAAGCACCACCAGCGCUCAUUCGCGAUUCUCGGCUAGUGCUUCAGCGUCCGUGUCAUCCAACUUAAACACAACAUCUUCCACCUUCAACUAUGAUAAUCUUCAGUUGGACGAUAUCCUUUGUUCUGUUUGCCAAUCGGUUUUGAUAGAACCGGUGGUUCUGCCCUGUCAACACCUAUUUUGUCGCAACUGUCUCCAUUAUACAGCUGUAAAAACUAAUCUCCACUGUCCCUGCUGUCGGAAACGAUUCGGAACAUGGUAUCGAAAUGCAUCGCGUGCUAACGAACUUGUGCACGAGCAGUUAUGGCAUGCGAUUCAAAACCAAUUCCGUGAACAUUUAGAUGAAGAUCCCUCCUCUGGAUUGAUUAAAAAUACUACGAUGCAUCAAGUGCAACCCGUAUAUUCAACGACAACAAAAUCUUCUAUUCAACUGGCGAAUCCAGGAGAAAUCCAAAAGGAAUUCAAUGAAGAACUAAAACGAUACAAGAAACAUAUUUUUGAUGAGCAAACUAAAGAACUGGUAGCAUCUGACCAGUGCAUUAUAAGUCUGUAUAAAAAGGAGGGUAUCAUUGAUCUCGCUGACAAUAGCAGCCAUGUGUCGGUGUCAUCAACUACUACUCCAGAGCUACCGGAAAGAGCUAUAGAGAGAAAAGCCAACGAGAGUCGUUACCCAAGCGACAUCUGUUCAGUGGCUGGACCAUCAACGCUUAGCAAGUCAUCUAUAGCUUCGCAAAAUGCAACAAUUGAAGUAAAGAAUACGCAUACGCUCAAUCCUGUAUCUCCAUCCAAUGGAAGUGUAAUCUCUAUUUCCUCGACAUCAUCUGCCGCGUCUGGGUCAACUGCUUCAUCUUGUGCUACUACCUCGUCUGCAUCUGGACGUUACAGUUUGAUAAAAUCAGUUGCUCAGAAAGUCGGCCGAUCGGCGGAAAUCGUGAAACAAAAAGUACAGGACACUAUUCUGCAUCGCCUAACGGAUGGUAAACCGCAACAACAUCAGAGGUCGCUGAAUGCAGUAGAUUUGAACAAAAGUCAACUAUGUGUCAAGCCCACUGCAGUCCAUAAGACCGAGUUUCGCGGUGUUGCGAGUGAUGAGACUGAGGUUGAUGAUACCGACAGCCUAAAAUCGGAACAGAAUCAUUUUAUACCUAUCGUCCAGUCAAUGCCGAAGAGCAGCUUCUCAUGCAGUACGUUCCGGCGUGUGCCAGCAGUUCGGCCCGUUCCUUCUCCCGUAAAGUACAACACGACACCGAAAAAGAGUCCCUACCAGCCUCUAAAAUUUGGCAGGACCGCAUCCGCGUUCAAGGUUGUGAAAUUAGAAAUCCUUAGCCCCUCAAAAAACCUUUUGGAAAGUUGCAAAAACUCUCCUGUGGCAAACAACGAAAUCAUCCCCAAGCGUGCAGUGAAACGUGGCCGCCCGCGGCGUGUAAAUUUAACGUUGGAUCAGCCGACCGAUCCUGCAAUGACGACUACACAGAGCGCAAAUGCCGAUAGCUCCUCGAGCACCAACAUCCGUGAUGUAUGCAAGAUGGAUCAGCAAACCAUAAAAAACAUUAUCAUCAGUGAUCAGCUUCGUCGCGAACAACAAAUUGAAAUGGAGCGCCGUGAUUUUGAAUUUGCACAAAAACUACAACAAAAGCUCAAUCGCUCGAGCGGCAUAAUGCAAGAGAUUCAGCGACAAUCCACAGCACCCCGGAGCACCUGUUACUCGUUACGCCGCAAAGUUUCCUCGAGCGGGUUUGGCGACAUUUCGCAGAGCACCAUAGGAAAUGCAAGCAAUAGUAACAGCAGUGUGGAGUUCAACCUCACAGAACUAACACCUAGUUCAAGCAGCACAAAGAAGACGUCCGCCCAAGCGACAAGAAAACGAAAAGCUACCAGUAGUAGCGUGGAGAAUGAUGUUCCUUCCAGUUCGUCGCCGGCGAAACGAGCAGCCGCACAAAUGAAAACGCGGCGACAAACUAGGCAGAGUCGAUCAACGAAUGUCAACUCUACUCUACAUGAGCAGGAAGAAGAGCGGCAUCCAUGCAAACUUCCCCAGCGUAAGUCUACCAGGAAUAAAACAUCUUAA